CCACCUUCCCAACGUAUGACUUGGAGGAAAAGUUCUGCCCUACGUGAUGGCUUUGAUGUUCAUAGGGAUCUGGUAGGGGGAUAUUACGACGCAGGUGACAAUGUGAAGUUCAACUUUCCUAUGGCCUUCACAACAACAAUGCUGUCGUGGAGCGUUAUCGAGUUCGGGCAAUCAAUGGGGCCGGAGCUUCAACAUGCUCUGGACGCCAUAAGAUGGGGGACUGAUUAUUUGCUUAAAGCCACCAGAGUUCCUGAUUCUGUUGUUGGUGCAGUUGGUGACCCAAAUGCCGAUCACGGUUGUUGGCAAAGGCCUGAAGACAUGGACACCCCUCGCACAUCUUAUGUAGUCAAUAAACAAAAGCCCGGUUCAGAAGUUUCGGCCGAAAUUGCAGCAGCACUUGCAGCUUCUUCCAUGGUGUUUAGACACUCAGACAGGGCAUACGCUGCUGUACUUCUAAGAAGAGCUAUGCAGGUGUUCGAAUUUGCAGAUAAGUACAGGGGAUCUUACAAUGAUAGUAUUGCGGCAGGAGUCUGCCCUUUCUAUUGUGAUUUCAACGGAUACAUGGAUGAAUUGAUUUGGGGAGCUUCAUGGUUAUACAAGGCAACUAAGGCCCCUAAUUACUGGAACUACGUCAAAAACCACAUAAACUAUUUGGAGUCCAAUAAUAUUGUUGUAAGAAAUGUGAAUGGGAACCCUGUUCCAUCAUCUCAAGCUGGUAGUAUCUCUGAAUUUGGAUGGGAUGCAAAGCAUGCCGGUAUUAACAUACUUGUUUCCCAAUGGGUAAUGAAAGAUCCCUAUAAUUCUAAUCCCUUCAUUCCCAAAGCCGAUCAAUUCAUAUGCUCCAUUUUGCCUGAAUCACCUGCCCCCAAAUCGGUAUCAUACUCAAGAGGUGGGCUAUUGUUUAAACCUGGAGGAAGUAACUUGCAACAUGCAACGUCCAUAUCAUUUCUUCUUCUAGUUUAUGGUCGCUACAUGAAACUUGCCAACAAGGUUGUCGAUUGUGGCAACAAUGUUCAUGUCACUCCAGCUAGGCUAGUGAGUUUCACCAGAGGACAGGUUGAUUAUAUACUAGGAAGGAACCCAUUGGGCAUGUCGUACAUGGUGGGAUUUGGGCAAAAGUUUCCUCAGAACGUACAUCAUCGUGGUUCCGUGUUGCCUAGCGUGGCUAAGCACCCACAGCACAUCGACUGCCACGUGGGAUACUCCUACUUCAACGGCCACGAUCCUAACCAGAACGUGCUCACUGGCGCUAUCGUGGGAGGGCCUGCUGAGGAUGAUACCUUCAAAGACUCUCGAUUUGAUGCUCCCCAAUCAGAGCCGACCACGUACAUCAAUGCGCCUUUUGUUGGUGUAUUGGCUUUCUUCAAAGCUCUACAUCACUAA